AACAUUGCUUCCACCCACUGAGCUGUAUAAAAGCCUUGUGAAGCUCCUGUCUCAGCUGACUUCCCAACUACAGCUCAUCAUGAAAGUUUUCUUUCUGUGUGUGUGUUUGGCUCUUCCUCUUAGCUAUGCAGCUCCAGCGCACCUUGAUGACAUGAUGGCAGAUGCCCCUAAGGACCAUUCACAUCCUAAAGGGGAGGACCACCAUGAUGCACAACUUGACCGCUGUAAAGGCAUUGAGUUUGAUGCCAUCACCCCAGAUGAAAAAGGAAACACUUUCUUUUUCAAAGGCGACCAUCUCUGGAACGGUUUUUCUGGCCCAGCUGAACUCUCCAAUGGCACAUUCAAGGAAAUGGACGAAUAUCAUCACCUGGGUCACAUUGAUGCAGCUUUCCGCAUGCACCAUAAGGAUGACCCCACUGCUCAUGACCAUAUAUUUUUCUUUCAGGAUGACAAAGUGUUUAGCUAUUACGACCACACUCUUGAAAAGGGAUACCCGAGGGAAAUCCAGCAGGAGUUUCCUGGUAUCCCCAACCACCUAGAUGCUGCCGUUGAGUGUCCCAAAGGAGAAUGCGUCACAGAUUCAGUGUUGUUUUUCAAAGGAAAUGAAGUUCAUCAUUUUGACAUUGAGACAAAACUGACUAAGAAGAAAGUGUGGAGCCACUUGCCAAACUGCACAUCUGCCUUUCGAUGGCUAGAGCACUAUUACUGUUUUCAUGGACACAGCUUCACCAAAUUCCAUCCUGUUUCUGGAGAGGUGACAGGAGAUUAUCCUAAAGAUGCUCGAAAAUACUUCAUGAGGUGCGGUGAAGGCUUUGGUCAUGGAGCUGGCACAAGAAAGAUGAAAUGCAGUGAGAUCAAGAUGAAUGCGACCACCAUAGAUGAUAAAGGAAGAGAAUAUGCAUUUCAGGGUUCAAUGUACAUGCGUUUAGACGAACACCGUGAUGGCAAUCAUCCUUUCCCUAUUACCAGACAAUGGAAGGAAAUCUCUGGUGAAGUGGAUGCAGUUUUUUCCUAUGGUGAUAAUAUGUAUUUCAUUCAGGGAGAUCAGGUUUAUAUCUACAAGUCUGCAGCCCAUUACACUCUCAUUGAAGGCUACCCGAAACCUCUAAAGGAAGAACUGGGCAUCGAGGGUCCUGUGGAUGCUGCAUUUGUAUGUGGAGAUAAGACCAUUGUACACAUUAUACAAGGUCAAAAGAUGUAUGACAUCGAUCUUACAGCAAGCCCCAGAGCCAUUACUAGAGAGAUGCCCAUUCCCUUUCCUAAAGUUGAUGCUGCCCUCUGUGAUGCUCAUGGGGUAAAGGUGUUCAUUGGUCCAGAGUACUAUGACUUUGACAGCCCAAUGGUACUAGCUGUGACCAAGAUAAUUCCUUAUCCUCAUAAAAUUUCCCCAGAAAGGUUUGGCUGUGAAGAAUAAAGAUUCUGAAGCUUAUGGCAAGGCGACAACUUAUGAAUAAAAAUGUCUGCAAGUUGCAUUAUAUGAUUUUGCUAUGUCUUGAAAUGUAAUAAAAUAACACAUGCUCUGUUAA